AAACAAAUUCUCAAGACAAUUUGCGAGAUAUGUAUGAAUUGGAUUUGAUUUAAAAGAAAAAAAAGAAGAAAAAGGCGAAACCUUUAUGCUUUUCUUUUUCACCUAAAAAGAUGGAAAGUAAAGUAACAGGAGGAGAAGAAGAAAGGGGAGAGAGACAGAAAGUGGAGAGAUUGGUGGAAAAGUUGAAAAAUUAUACUACUACCAAAAAUAAUAAUAAUGGAGAUGGACCUUCAACUCCGGUGCACGUUAGCUUCUCCGGCUCUUCUAAAUUAUUCUCACCAUCAGACGUUGUUUCAUCACGAAAGCUCGCUGCUGCUUUCUGGGAGUUUCAUCACUACUACUGCUACCAAGAAGAAGAUCGCUCCUUCUUUUCUCCUCCUCCUGCUGCUGCUGAAAUGCACCGCCGACAGCGCCACGGCAAGGCGGUGGUUAAGGAGAAUGGUCUCGACCUCUCUCAGUUCCUCCGAGAUCCCUCUCCUGAUCAUCAGCCAGAGAGUGCAGGAAGUCUAAGGAGGCAGAUCGGUCAAGUUCUGAUGAAACAUCAUCAAUCACUCGAAAGAAACAAUCACGCUCUUCAGCCUGUAUCUCCUGCUAGUUAUGGAAGCUCUCUUGAGGUUGCGCCAUACAACAAAGCAGUGACUCCAAGCAGCUCACUAGAGUUCCGAGGAAGACAAUCUAGAGAACCUCAAUACAAUCUCAAAACAUCAACUGAACUUCUCAAGGUACUGAACCGUAUUUGGAGCCUCGAGGAGCAGCACGCAGCCAACAUCUCCUUGAUAAAAUCUCUCAAAACCGAGCUGGCUCAUUCGCGUGUUCGAAUCAAAGAGCUUCUUAGGUAUCAACAAGCUGAUAGACACGAGCUAAACGGUGUGGUGAAGCAGCUCACUGAGGAAAACCUCUCGAGGAAGAACAAAGAAGCUGAACGGAUUCAGUCUGUGAGGAAAGAGUUGGAAGACGAGCGGAAACUUCGAAAACGUUCCGAGAGUAUGCAGAGGAAACUGGCGAGAGAGCUCUCUGAAGUGAAGUCUUCGUUGUCUGAGUGCGUCAAGGAGGUUGAGAGAGGGAAUAAGUCAAAGAAGAUGGUGGAGAUACUCUGCGAUGAGUUUGCUAAAGGGAUCAAGAGCUACGAAGAGGAGUUUCACGGUUUAAAGCACAAGAAUUGGGCUGGUCGGGAGGAAAGAGAUCAGAUGGUUCUUCAUAUCGCAGAAUCUUGGCUUGACGAAAGGAUGCAAAUGAGAUUAGAAGGAGGAGGAGAAGAUGUGUUGGAUAAGCUCGGGGUUGAGAUAGAGACAUUCCUUCAGGCUAAGCGUAGGAGUUCACUUGAAUCUGUUCCGUUUAAUGCAUUGAGUGCACCACCGCAUGAUGUGGAGUGUGAGGAAGACUCUGGGGCAAGCGACUCGAAUUGCUUCGAGCUCAAGAAACCUGUUGAGUCUCAUGUAAACGAAACUGAAACGAACAAAGACGAUGAAAAGCCAAAAGGAAUGAUUGGAAGUCCGUCGAGUUUCCAAGUGAAGUUCGAGGAUCAAAUGGCGUGGGCUAUGUCUAGUAACGGGAAGAAGAAAACAAAAACCAUCAAAGAAGAAGAUGAUGAUGCAGAGCCUGAGAAGAACAAGCAAGAGAAUGAAACUACAAGCAAGAAUGAUGUGAUGGGGGAAAUGAUUCGGACACACAGAAGAUUAUUGUCUGAAACUGGGGAAGCUUCUUGUAGUAGUUACCCAUCUUCUUGGAGACAAGCGAGUCCAGUUCGACAAUGGACUUCAAGAACCGUAACAGGUGAAAUUCUUGGCUCCUCCGAGACGUCUGCUGCUAUUGGGAUAGCUCAAGGAGUCAAGGAUAAUACUUUGAAAACAAAACUCGCAAAGAGUUCUAAGUCUCGUCUUCGGCUGUUCAAAGGCUGAUUCAUAUUCAUUGUCUCUGGAUAUUUUUUCUUUUUGUAUAUUUCGAUUUCUACGAAUUUUGGGACCUUGUAAACAUAAUCAAUCGUUUUAUAUAGUCUGUUUUAUUUUCA